GCUGAAACUUUACCCACUAAACAGAUGUGUGACCGAAAGCGUUUUUUUUUUGUUUUGUUUGUUUUUCGCGCACGAUCGGUUUUUUCCACGGGUGUGUAUACGAACAGUUCCGUUAUUCAAGGAUUUAUGGCCUUUUUCGUAUUGAUUCAUCUUUUAAUACAUUCCCUAUGGCCACCGUUCAGAGUAUCUUCAAAAAACACAACUUCAACCGGCGUCUUGCUCAAAAGCUGGCGGCCUCGAUAGACGAGUUGCAACAGAACGAACCAGCCGUAUGGAAACGGAUAACGCUGGAGCUGACCGAAGAUCCGGAGAUGCAGGAACUGCUGGAAGGUGUUGAGCUUCGCUGGCAAGAGCUAAGGCAUCACUUCAAGCGGCAUUUAGUUUUGCAGUUAUCCCGGAACAAAUUGCUCGACAAUCAACAGCUGAUCGACCGGCUACAGUAUCCCUAUCUGCGAAAAGUGUAUGUUGUUACGAUACGCUUCUCGGAGCUCGGCUCCAACAUUCAACAGGUUAUUAACCAAAAAAAUCGGAAUCCCUCCGUGGAUAAAUUGUUCAUUAAGUAUCUCACAAAUGGACAAUAUGAUCCUGAAAUAGUUGCCGCUUUCAAGAAGCGAGGAAAAAAGGGCGUUAGAGUUUAUGUUAAUAUCAAUGUUGAUGAUCCUCAAUUGGGACUUUCAGCUGAUGAGAAGAAAUUUCUUCUGCAGCUCGGAAAACCGAGGGAACGUCACAAACCAACUGAGCCAGGAGUCUGGAUUCAAACGGCUUCUGGGUCAGUGCCGACCCUUCCUUCCUCGAUAAUUUUAGACGGUAAACCUGUACAGAUCGAGGAAGUCAGUUCUCCAACGGUCAGGGGUUCUUAUCAAGAUCUACUGGAGAAAGAAUCACUUCUAGUCAACACCCAAGAGUACGACAACAUUAUCAAGGAAUCCCUAGAACGCGAAAUGCCACCUCCACCACCCACCAGUUGCUCGGAUCCUGUUCUAGCUCAAACUCACCGGCGAACGUCUGAAAGCGAUAGCAGUCAAACUUACACCGAUUGUAUAUACCUAGACCCUAACGAAAUACUCAGUAACACCGUAUCUAGCACCUCACUUAUGAGCCAAGAUCCACUUCGCCUCUCUCAAUCGAUAAUAAACUUUUUAGAGCCACGUUCCCAGGAUUCUUUCGUGACUCCGAAUCAGGCAAACGUCCCGAUCAUGAUCGACGACUCAACGAGUCCUUCUAUAACCACCAACAACGAUGGAACGUCGGCGACCAACGUAUCCGAGCCACUUUUUCCGCCUUCCAGUGGAGAAAGUGCCAAAAGUUGUACGACGGAUCAACCGGAGGUGGACUCCGGGUCAGCUCAAGGUGUCAGUGAGCAACCAUCAUUCAGUAGCUUGGAAACCAAUGAGGAAAGUCAUCUUUUGCCGAUUCGCAGCCAACCGCCCACGUUGCUUAUGAUGAAAGUUCCUGUUGAGGAAACCCCUUCAGUGUUGUUCAGUGUUAAGGAAGAACCACUAGAGGUUGAAAGUGGUGAAUGUUUAAAAGAGACCCUGGCAGCUGAACAAUAUUUGACCAAUUCAAGCGUUGAUCAGUCUAACUUUGAAAGGAUUACCAGCACAAGUGAAAACUGCACGACGGAGCCGUUGAAGACAACAACGUCCACCGCUUUUGUUAAUCAAUCCGUCAUCGGUGACACCGAUACUGGUAUGGAAACUGCAAAUCAUCAAAGAAAAACCGAUGAGUCGUCGAGAGAAACGAACCGUCAGAAUCGUUCGAUGUCCCCAGGAAAAAUUUCCGAACACCAACAUGUAAUAAAAACCGAGAAAAACCACUUCGAACCAAACGCCUCGAAACGCAGUUUUCCAUCGCACAUCACGAACUCAGGCUUAAGUACAGGUUGUGUCGUUGCUAACGAUCGACCAAACGUGGACCCUAGCAUAAUAACUGCCAUUCAUCAAGUGGCCAAAUUUGUUGAUCAGAAUGCGCCUACGAAAUCGAUAGCGAAAAGGCUUUUCCAAGAAAUUGAACCUCCAGCCCUUGGCGUGACAGAUAGUUUGGAGGCCAAUGGUGAGCAUACUUCAUUAUCGAAUCGAAGUCAACCAACGACGACGUUUUGUACGAAUAAAGUUCACAUUGGAGAGAACCUUGUAACAAGUAUUAGGGUGGAACAACCGCUGGAGGCAGAUGACAGCGAUCGUCCCGACCUAACAAACCCUGUUGUCCCAACAAAAGCGGAAGUCCUGUCUGACGAAUCCGACUACGAAUUCCCAAUGCAUAUAUUUGACUCAUCUGAAGAUGAAGAUAACGUCGGUGAACCCGAUUUGAACAUAAAUACCAACAAAAGCAGCAGUUCUUCGAUGGAACCGUUGCAGGUAGACAGCAGCGAAUGUUUAAAAGUGGUAAAAACAAACGGUGAAAAAUCCACCAUCGCAUAUCCCAACCUAACAACUACUGCUAUUUCAACAAAAGUUGAAAUCUUAUCAGACGAAUCCGACUACGAAUUCCCUAUGCAUAUAUUUGACUCAACUGAAGAUGAAGAAAGCGCCAGCGAGUCGGAUUUCAGCAGAAUUUCCAACAAAAGCAGCAGUCUUCUAAUGGAACCGUUGAAGGCAGAUAACAGCGAAUGUUUGAACCUGGUAAAUGCAAUGGAUGAAAGACCCACCAUCACAUUUCCCAAUCUAACAACUACGGUUGAAAUCAUAUCUGACCAAUCCGACUACGAAUUCCCUAUGCAUAUAUUUGACUCAUCUGAAGAUGAGGCUACCACAGGCGAGUCGGAUUUGAAUAGAAUUACCAACAAAAGCAGCAGUCACAUUUUGCUAUAGUUAAAUUAUAAAAAAUGUCUACUUAUUAUAAACAUUCGUAUAAAACAUGUUAACCAAUUCAACAACAUUCAUCGUCAGAUCAAACAAAAAUACACUGCGAUUUUUGCGUAACGCUACUUAGGGAGAAAGCAACGGUUCCGUAUUCUACGGGGAUAGAUCUUAAGCUGGAUUUGGUCAAAAAUGUCCAGGAAAUCAUAAGGAACCGCGUAUGUGCUGCGUAAGGGAGCAGCGACUAACAUGGAACACUAACAAAGUAGACUAUGAACGGGUGCAAUACACUAAGAAUAAUCCAGUUUCUAGUAAUAGCAUAUCUUCAGUAGCUGGUGUUGGAAACACCAGCAUCGGAAUCAAGUCCGACUUCGAUGAAGGUGGAGCUGAUUUGCCGAUGAUAGGAUUGUUUAGACAGUGGCGAGGAAUCCCUUAAGUAUUUCUCCUGGAAAUUAUCAGCAACUAUGGGAAGUGCCAUCAACAGGUCUCAUAUAAGCUGCUACUACAAAACUGUCUGUGUCUCGCAGGAUUACUUACAAAUUCAAAGGAACUUCUCAACCUAUGUUAAUUAAAUAUCAAACUAUUUUUUUCAAAUUCAA